GCUUCGGAGACACUCCGGAGACAGUGCGCUCUCUGUAUACGGAUAUGGCUCAUAAUAACAUCUUUGCCAUUUUUACAUUUUGACUGAGGCAACGAGCUGUUCCUAAGGGAAGCUCAGUGGUAGGCUGUUGGACACUGUGAAGGAAACGGAUGGGAAUGCAUCUGUUUGAAUGAGCAGUCAGUUUUCUUUGAGUCUGUUCAUUUAACUCACGUUUAUGCUUAUGGGUGUUUGAGAACUGGAUGAUAACUGUUCCAGAUGAUUUUGCACUCGGACUUCACGGCUUAGACCCAUGCUGACAACCUCAUCGUAUGUCUUUCGCUGUCGUGAUUGUAGGAAAUACUUGAAAGAUCUAAACUGCUUCGCCCAAGGCAAAUUGGUCUCCGGUGAUAACAGGGAAUACUUCAGACGACCGCUUUCAGUAAUAAGGCUGUGUGAAGCGAGUGCACCGCACUCUUGACGCCAACCGUGCGAUGGAGACUUCCAGGAAACUUGGCACCUUGAUCUCAUUGUCCUUUCUGUGUUUUCUCUCAGGUGGCGAGGGCCAGAUUACCUCGCCCCUGAUGAAUGUGGAGGUCAUCCAAGGGCAGAAGGUGGUCCUGCCAGCCUCGUACUCCCCCACCUCUACAGACCUCAGCAGCAACGCCGUCGUCUGGAACCUGGUGGGAGACAACUCCAAGAUGGUAAUCUCCUACUCCUCUGGCCAGGAAUCGAUUCCAAAUGCUGAGUUCAAAGGUCGCGUGGGGUUUGUGAAUCAGAUGCCCAACAGAGACGUUUCGCUGUACAUCAACAACACGCUGGAGUCCGACUCUGGCCGCUACCUCUGCCAGGUGCUCUCCCCUGGCUCGCCUUUCACAAAGGAGCUGACCCUCGACGUCAAGGUGCCUCCUUCGGUCCCUGUCUGUAAGCUGAAGGGGAAGCCGGCUCUAAAGGGGAAUGUUACCCUGAGCUGCAGCUCCAAGUCUGGGAAGCCGAUUCCUCUGUACAGGUGGACCAAAGCCAGCCCAAAUCAGAAUGUCUUCUUCGCUCCAAUGCUGAAUGAGACAGCAGGCACUCUGAAGCUGACCAACCUCACCAGCGGCAUGUCGGGGAAGUAUGUGUGCAAUGCCUCCAACACCGCGGGCACAGAGACCUGCUACAUCAACCUGGAGGUCAUCACUGCUACGAACGCUGGAGUAAUCGCAGGAGCCACUGUGGGCUCUGUGAUCGGCUUCAUCCUCAUCCUCCUCGUCCUCAUCUUUCUCUGGACCAGGAGGCGGGAUACGGAGGACGACCUGGCCAAUGACAUAAAAGAGGACGCCCAGGCCCCUAAGCGCGUGUCCUGGGCCAAGAGUGGCACUGGCUCCCUCAGCUCCAAAAAUGGCACGCUGUCCUCGGUCCACACCAGCCCCUUGUCCCGGGACCUCCACCACCACAGUAACCACCACUACACCCACCACCCGCCCUCCGACACCGCCUCCAUCCUCACCGCCACCGGCAGCACGGCCGGCUACCGGCCGCGUCCCCCCGCCGACACCUUACCGGGCUACAACACCAGCGCCACCUUGCCCCACUCCGCCUCCAACAUGUCCGCUGGCGCCGGUAUGGCCAACGCCGCCGUGGGACCCCCCAGCACCAACGGCGGCUCGCUGCCCAGGCCUGAGCACGGCCAGCUGCAGGUGCCGCAGGUGCCGCGGCCGCCGCCCGUGCCCACCGGUGUGACCGCUGCCAACAUCUCCCGCAUGGGGGGAGUGCCCAUCAUGGUGCCCGCUCAAAAUCAGGCUGGCUCGCUUGUCUAACGCCUGGCGGGCAGUCGGUCAGUCAGCUCACCGCCAGCCAUGCAGGGUAUACUGUCUGAAACCAGUCUACAACAAAUACUGCUGAUUUAGUCGACCACAUACACUGUUUCAAGUGCUGAGCUGUACUAAGGGAAGUGUCGGAGGAGAGAGGAAGAAUAAGGGUUUAUGCGAUCCAUAUUCAAUGAAUAAUCCUGUAAUGUCACAAUGAAAAGUUAUUUGGAAUUCGUUUCAGAAAAUACGUGGCAUGGUGUAAUUUUAAUUAUUCUUUUUUAUAUAUUGUUUUUUUUAUUUCUAUUAAGUAUAUGCAACAUCUGUAAAAAAAUAUUUGUUAAAAUUAUUUUCCUGUUAUUUUAUAGUGAGAUUGUAUGUAUUUUUUUACUAUGUUUUUUCAAUGCAUAGAUUAUGGGAGGAAGUGACAAAAAGCAUUUCCCAGCAUUGCCCAAAAGCAACUUCCUUUAUUAGAACAAAAGAUUACUACUGAUGUAUGUUUCAAUCCAUUUUUAUCCAUCUGGAAUUGUAUGUACAGUAUUUUGGGGUUUUUGUAAGCUAAACAGGAAUAAUCCAAUUGCCUUCACCCAGCUUACGCUGGCUCAAGCUCUCCAUCUCCACUUGUAGUUGUGAAGACUUUUUUAUGUAAGGCAUUGGUUGCAUGUACACUGAAACAUGAUGGUCUGAGACAGAUGGCCCCUCAGAAGAGCUGCUUAUUGUAGAUUGGUUGGAUUUUAUUGUAAAGUUAAGUGUUGUAUAGUAUGUUUUGCUAAUCAAACACCACCAGUAGGCAUAGUUCACCCAAAAAUGACAAUUCUAUCAUCAUCAACAGUUGGAGUUGUAUGAAGACAUACAGCACAAGAGGAAAGGGGUUAAGAUGAGAUGCACCCCACCAACCUAUGCGUGUGUGUGUGUGUGUGUGUGUGUAUGUGUGUGUGUGUGUGUGUGUGUUACAAGCAAAACAAAAAACUUAAAUGUCGAUCAAUCUGCUGACAAAAGGAUUGAUUGGCAAGUUGAUGAGUUUUCAUUUUUGGAGUGAACUAUCCGUUUAAAAAGUGUAUAAUACAUCAGUAGGUUUCUAGUUAAUGUUUUUAGUAUGUCAAUCAACGUUUUAGGAUGUUUUAAAAACCAAAGACAUCUUGGGCCACUUCAGGCCACUCCAGGUUACUGUAACUGAUGUAGCUAAUGUUAUUUGGAUGAUGUUAAGGGAAAGUCUGUGGCUCGUCAAAUCUCAUACACUUAGUAGAAAAGAACAUCUUGUUUAGUAGAAUUCUCUGUAGGUAAAGAAAAGCCUAUUUCAUAUCCCUUUACCAGAACCUCCGUGAAUAGAUAAAAAAGAAAUAUUCACCAAUAAAUUAAUAGAUUAAUAUAGCAGCAUUCACCAACUUACAGUUUUUACGUGUAAAGCAACGUCCUCUAACCUUUAGAAUUUAGGCAUAGGUGUAUGUUUAGAGUUCAUGAAUUUCAAACGUCAGAAAAUCAAGUUCAUCCUAUCUAGGACAGACAGGUGUAUACAAUAUCAUAUUUUGACAUAAUCAUCAUUUAAAUAGCAACAAAUUAGAUCACAUUGUAAAAUGUUUUGUGAUGCAUUUAGCACAUUGCAGCCAUCAAAAAAUCUAAUCUCUUAUAACUAAUGAUGAUAAGCAUGAGUUUAACUCCCUGGAAUAGGAUUAGAAGUCUUUUGCAGCAGAUCCAAUAAUGGGCAGUGUUGGCACUUAAAAGCGAUAUUUUUUAAUAGCUGAUCUUUCAACAAAGUGAGUCUUUGUGUUUCUCCUAAAAUAUUUUCCUCAUUACUCAUCUUUAGCUUGCAUCUGACUCUGAAUUGGAUAAGACCUGGCCAGAUCGGCUCCCAAACCUGGCUCGCUGUGUGUGUGUGUGUGUGUGUGUGUGUGUGUGUGUGUGUGUGUGUGUGUGUGUGUGCGUGCAUGCAUGCAGGAGGGGUCAACACACUCCCAGUACUGUGACUAUAUGAUUGUGAUAUUCAAGCAAGGACACUGGAGGUUUCCCAAUCUAAGAGCUCUAAGCAGGAGGGAGUAACCUGGGAGUAAUCCCUGAGUAACCUGGUUUAUAUCUGAAGGAUUCUCUAUUUAGUCACAGCAUUUGUUUUCUGAUUUAUGCAUUUUUUAUGUUUUUAUUUUGCUGUAUGUAGGCAUUUUAUUUCCUACACUGUUUUUUAUGCCAUAUAAUUCUGAAUUGAUAUUUAUAUGGAGGUAUUGAGGUAUCUGAUAAUGAAUUGUCAUUUGUCAGAUUGUAGUUUUUGAGUUGAUGCCAAAAAGAUUGUGUUUGCCAGACACACAAAUCAUUUCUCAAAAAUUUCUUAACACUUAAAAAUGUUUUGUAGAAUCACUUUUUUUCCUACAUUAAGGCACAAAAUACAAUAUCCAUGAUUUAAAAAAAAAAAACACCUCUAUUUAUUAUGUUAUUUUGUUGGUUUCUCUUUGGAUUUAUGUGAGACUAUUGUUUUAAAUGUAAUGCAUUUAUUCCUGACUGAAAUCACUUAUGCCAUAUUUCAUAGGGUUCUUCAAAUUGGGUGCAAAGUGUGAAGGACUUUUAUUGUCAUUUUUGAUUAAAAGAUAAAAUUAUGCUGAA